AACUAUAAAAGGUAAAGUUGACAAAAUGAUCAGUAGGGUACGAGCAGUCAACAGUCUAGUACGAUAUCUCCUUCGCAUCGCUUCGAACAAAAACUAAGCAUGUUCCGCUUGUUACUACUCGUUUGCGCUAUGGCGCUUCCGGCCAUCUUAGCAAUCCCGGUUGAUAAUUCGUCAUCCCUGUCACCCACCUCAUCUGGAGCUAACCGCGUCAUUGAACCUGUGGCUUUCAGCGCCGUACGUGCCUCUGACAGGAGCCGAAAAGCCAAUUCCAAGAUCUUCUUCGACACUACGCUGAGCGAUGUCGGAUUUGGCUGGAAUCCGAAAAGCAGCGAAUUUACCUGCUUCUACCCGGGCUCUUAUUUCUUUACCUUCACUGCCAUUUCCGCAUCUGGCCAUCAUUUCAAAACUGCUUUGAUGAAGAAUAGUGAUGAAGUCGUUGUUGGUUGGGGCGAACAAGUCGGAUAUCAAUCAGCAUCCAAUUCGGCCAUUUUGAAUUUGGAGAAGAACGAUCGAGUCUACCUCAACAUUAGGGAAGGAGAAAUCUACGAAACUUCAAAAGUUGGACGUCAUGGCUACACCAGUUUCUCAGGCUUCCGAGUUUAUUAAAAUCAUACCAGUUAAUCAACCAACUGGUGGGUUGAUUCCUGUUCAGUUUUUCACUUUUCCUCUUUGUUAUUUUCAAAAUUUUAUCAUUCUAGUGAUAACCUUUCUUUUCGUGAUUUCUCCAUGGUUUUUCUUGAUUUAGUAAGAGAAUAAAGCGAUUUAUUAUGCAA